GUCCCUCAACAAAUGAUCCUGAUAGCUCCUUUCUACGCCAACGUGGACAUCAUGGAGAGCGGACAGAUCUUCUACCGGCAGAGCACUGAGAAGGAUCUGAUGGACCGGUGCGAUCGAGCAAUCAACCAGUACUUCAUCUACCACGCUGACUUCAGGACCAAAUUGAUGGUCAUCGCUACCUGGGAUGGGGUCAGCUUUUUCGGCUACCAAGGCGGUUCUGCCCCGGUGAAUACAUUCCAGGUUGUCUUGGCAACCGAUGAGUUUGAAACGUUCGCCUUUUUCCGUUAUAAAAGUAUUCAGUGGACUACCGGUGUCGAAAGUGGAGGAUCAGCCAGCACUGGUCUCGGUGGGAAUGCUGCGAUCAUGGGUUUCAAUGCGGGAGAUGACGACAAUUACUACAUAGAGAAUCUGUACAGCGGCCAAUCACAAGAACUGAAGAAACUGCCGCAGAACACCAACAACGACGAGACAGGCAUGUUCGUGUAUCAAAUCAGUCGCAUCAACGUGCAGUACCCGGUCUGCAGAGGUGAGAUUAAAACCUUCCCUCGCUACGAUUCCAUGCUGGGUCAAUCGUUGCUCCUCGUGGCCGGACCCUGCUUCCUUCCGUCAGGCAACUACACGUUACUCUUCGGUGACGUGAACGAGCCCAAGGCCAUCCAGAACUGUACCUACCACACCAAGUGGAUGGUGUACUGCUUCACACCGACCUUAUUUGAGGUGAACCGCCGGAUGCCAAUUCAACUGUCCGACAAUGAAGGCGUGGACUGGGCCUACACCGGCCUGUUUGAAAUAGUGAAAAUUGGAGAUACGCCACAGCGCGUGACCCGUGUGAACCCGGACAGCGAGGCGUGGCUUCGCGCCGACCGACCAGUCACCAUCGAGUGGAACCCCAAGUUAAUCAACUUCACCCAGGUCCGCAUUGACGUGUUGGCUUACGGCGAGCCAAUAGACCCUGAUACUGGCCUGCCCGGACCGCCUACCUGGGAAGAGAUUGACGAGGUGUCCUAUACUGUGCCGAACACCGGCAUGUACACGUGGACAUCGCGGGCAGCUUCCCAGGUGAGCGACAAGAACUGCAUCGGUAUCAUCAGGGUCACGCCAAGCUUUCAACGUGACGACCUGGCACUCUGGAGCGACCUGCACUUCCUUGGCUACAUCAUGAACGGCAUGUUCCAGAACGACACAUCGACCUACUCCAACCUCCGCUGUGACGAGUUCUACGAACGGGAGAAGGCGGCUGGAGUCGAUAAGGAACUCCUCAACAGCCUGCGUCCCUGCCCCUGCAACCUGACCCAGGCACUGGCCGACAGGGGGCGCUUCAAGCCCGACCCCAUGUGCAACAUGGACGACACCGUGCAAAACCGUACCCAGGAGUAUUGUCGUUUCAAAGACGACGUGGUUCACUGCGUCACCAGCAUCGUCCCUUCCGAUGGCCACGACUCGACCUGCUGCUACGAUGAGUGGGAGAAUCUAGUCUACGCAGGAGACAGCUCAUCAGGGAGCUUCUCGCGAAGGGUCACCGUGGAGGGCAUUCCGCUCUAUAACGAAUCUGGAAAGGUGCCCGAGUUGUCCUCGGGGAUCGCCGACCUCGCCCCAUACUACAUGUGCUGCAUAUGGGGCGACCACUGCGACUAUUACCAGAAGGUCAGACCUACUCGUGACUGCGCGUGGUACCGUAAUGUCCGGCCAGCGACUGUGUACGGAGACCCUCACUUUGCGACCUUCGACGGUGUUGAGUACACCUUUAAUGCUAAGGGCGAGUACACGCUAUUGGACACCACGUCGGCAUCCCAGACACAAUUCAGACUUCAGGGACGGUUCGAGGAAAUCCUCGACCGAAAUGGCGUACGUAGGAAUGCAACUGUACUGACAGCUGUGGGGAUGCAGCAAGACGACAAGGAAAAGAUCAUGAUCCGCAAGUCCGAUCGGACCGUCCUGGAGAUUUUUAUCGACACCGAGCUCCUGGAGAUCGACGACCAGACCACCAUACGCGAUGGCCCUUUCUUUCUAACCUUCCCCCAGGAGAAGCAGACGGGGAACUUGACCCAGAUCAUCGUGACAUUUAUCGACUCGGAGUUUGCGGUGGUCGUCGACGGCACACAGGAAAUGCUGACCGCGCAGGUCCUGGUGCCUUACCGAUUCAAGAACUGCUCGACGGGACUCUUCGGCUCGUGGGACGACAACAGGGACAACGAUCUUCGCUCCAGGUCCGGGACGCUGUUCGAUCCCGACGACCCACCGGAGACCCUCUACAGCGACUUUGGUCAAUCCUGGGAGAUAGUUCCCGACCAAUCCUUGUUUCACUACGAUAAGGGUCUUGGCCACGACUACUACCAGGACCCUAGCUUCGUGCCAGAUUUCUUCCCACCGACGGACUCGGAGUGGAAUGGGACGGAGGAACUGGACCGGAUCUGCCAGGCCAAUCCGUACUGCGAGUAUGACUUCCUGACCACGGGGAUCACCGAGCUGGCUAAAGUCACCAUGCUGGCCUAUGAGCAGUACUGGAUAGCCUACGGAGCUUCCUUCGAUUUAAUCACCUGUGCCAAUCUUGAGACUCCUAAAAACGGCAACAAGACGUUCCUGGGCAAUGCACACAAUCAGCUGGGAUCGGAGGUGGAAUUUUCCUGCGGAGAUAAGUUUUUCCUAAUCGGUUCCCCACACCGGGUGUGUGAGCCACCCCAGGACAGCCAAGGAGAGUUCCUCCAGGGUAAUUGGAGUAGCAACUCAAUCGUCAACGAAUGUAUCGAGAUCAAGUGCGAGGAGCUCCCAGCUCCACACCACGGAACCAGAGUGUACACAUUAAAUGAUGGCGUGAUAACAGCCGUCUUUGAGUGUGAAAAAGGCUACUGGCUGGAAGGGAGUGCGUCCAGAAUAUGUACAGAGAAUAUGACAUGGACUGGAAGGGAGGCCUGGUGCGUCGCGAUCACUACGCCGGAGCAGAGCACGGCACACACUGAGAGCGCGGCACACACGACGGAUGAAGUAUUCACGCCAACGAAAAACCCCCAAACAACUAAAGAAAAACCCGUUGGAGACGAUAACAGGGUGGUCAUUAUUGUGUGCUCGGUCAUCGGAGCUAUCAUCUUGGCCAUCCUCCUAGCUGCCGGGAUGUACUUCCUCCUGGUGAACCGUUCGUCAACGCCUCACAGUUUCACGAUCCCGCAGCCCGAGGACGCCCCCGUCCAGCCGGGCGACUCCAUUGCCCUGGGGGAGCCUCGAUACAUGAAUUUUGGGGAGUCUCAAUACACAGGGACAGGGGAGCAUAAUUACAUCGAGCCUGACUCGACGGACGCUGUGAACGUGGUCGAGGCAUUGGAUCUAAAAGACAUCGUCGGUGUGUUCGAAAAGAAAGAAAAGUCGGAGGAUGAGGAAUCCUCGACCUCCGACAGUGAUAGUGAAUAAAUUCGGUAAAGAAAAACCGAAGGAAGUUAUGUUCAUAGACUUGAUUUAACGCUGUUUCGGAUUCGAUAGACUUUAGACCAUGACUUGUUUAACUGUGACGUCACGCCGACAGGCAACCACUGGGCAACCCAAACAUUUAAGCAUCUUUUACAGCCAUUACUUUAGAGUAUAUGUCAACAAUUUCAAACCAUCCAUAAAAAUUAUUUCAAAAGAUGAACGUGCAGUGCAUAAGAGAACCCUCCGCUGAAAGAUCGAAUCACGUGAUCACAACAUUCGAUAUGCAACCAAAUGUAAAAUGAUUGGUAUUAUUUGCAUUGAACUCUUCUUAAAGUGUCUGUUUUUUGUGUAGGGAAACGCGCAUCUAGAUUUCAUGUGCGUACAGUUGUUGCCGAAUUGAACAAGAAAACAUUUGAAAGAUGGCUGCUUGUAUGCAAGGGUCUUGUGCCAAAAUGAAGAAUGCCC